GUUAGGUUUUAUUUAGCAGAGAAGCAUUUACACUGGUUCGACCACCACAUUAAUCUGGCUAAGGAGGAAAACCUGACUGAAGAAUUCCUGGAAAUCAAUCCCAAUGGUUUAGUUCCGGUGCUAAUCCAUGAUGGUGUCACAAUCACAGAGACUAAUGAUAUCGUGAAAUACUUAGAAAAACAUUUCCCAGAACCACGACUGAAACCUAGAAGCAGAAUUGGACAGGAGGCUAUGCAUAAGUGGCUGUUGCUAAGCGACAGCAUCCAGAGACCUCUAAAGUACAUGUCAUUUUAUUUUCUCUUUGGAAGACUCGCACAGAAAAGUGAUCAGAGUCUGCAUAAAUUAUCCCAGAGUUUUGUUGACAGAGAUCUCUAUAAUUUUCAUCUGUCUUUCCGUGAGGGAUUUUCCAUGGAAUUAUUGCAGGAAAAAAUUGAAAUUAUUCACAGUUUUUUUGAAGAGAUGGAAAAGCAUUUGCUUGAAAGUGCGUGGUUGGUUGGUGAUACGUUUACUGUCGCUGAUAUUAUGUGUGUUAUUAAUGUGUAUAGAUUUAAACAGAUGAACUUUCCCAUGAAGAUGUAUACACAUGUCAAUGACUGGUAUGAUAUGAUAUGUCUCAAACAAAGUUUUCAAAUUGCCGUGUUUGGACACCAAGGAUUUAUAGAAAAUAUUGCAUUGCCAAUAAAAACCACAAUUGACCGUAUCCUUGGGCAGGAUGUCCAGGCUGUAGAACUUGGAAUCAAAACAUCAUGGAUGAAAUCAGUAAUCAUAUUAUUAUUAUUUAUCAUAUCUUGUAUGUUUUUGGUUGAUAAUCUCAGUAUUGCUGGGUUCUCAGUGAACAGAGUCAUAUUGUUGACCAUAUUAGGAAUGAUGUCAUUAGCAACGAUGAUGUCAUCAUAUCACAAAGCACAUACACCCCCACAGCUAGUCUACCAAUCAGCUCUGAAAACAAUGACAGCGAUAAUAAACAUUGGUUAUGGCGGAAACGAAAUGAUGAAAAUUAAUCUCCGCCAACCUCAGCCUCGUGCUGUUGCCCCUGACGAUAUUAUUAUCGCUGUCAAAGCAGCGUCUGUCAAUCCUAUUGACUUAAAGACACAGAGAGGAUAUGGACGUACACUACUCAACUAUUUACGAAACAGGUCAAAGGUUCCAGCUGGACAGGGAAUUGAAUUACCCAUGAUUCCCGGUAGAGAUUGUUCUGGUAUCGUGUCUGCUAUUGGAUCAAAGGUCACCAAGUUUAAAAUUGGUGAUGAGGUUUGGACAGCUCUGCCAUCAGUACAAACAUUAGGAACUAUGGCAGACUAUGUGAUGGUUAAGGAGACAUAUGUUGCUAGGAAACCAAGCAAUAUCAGUCAUGUAGAGGCAGCAUCAAUACCAUAUGUCGCCAUGACAACAUGGAGUGCACUGGUCGAUGAUGGUAGGUUAGGACCUGACAACAGAAAAGAUAAGAGGUAUGGAAAUUAA